AUGACCCUGCGAGGAGCAGCUCAAGACUGGUUCCACACUCUACCGUCUGCGUUGAUAGGAAACUUCAAGGAGUUGGCCCUCAUCUUCACAAAAAAGUACACCUCCUACAAGACGGUCAGAAAGCAUGCAGACCAUGUGUUCAACCUGCGCAAGAAGCCAGACGAGUCUCUACGAGACUACCUGAGACGGUUUAAGGCUGAAAAGGCUAACAUCAUACGAUGCAAUGACCAAGUUAUAUCCUCAGCUUUCAAGAAAGACUUGCCAACCGAGCACGAGCUAUACCAGGAGCUGGCCAUAACACCAAGUCAAACCUUGGCAGAAGUGUUCGCGAUGGCAGAACGCUACGCACUUUGGGACGAUGAUCGAAUCACCGCAAAGAAAGCCAGAAAGCAAGUUGAUCACCCGACGAAGCAGAUCCUUGCUCAAGUGAAGGACAAGCCGUGGGUGAGGAGACCGCCACCCAUGAAGGGUGACCCCUCUAAGAGGGACACCAGUAAAUACUGCGGAUUCCACGGGGAGCACGGUCAUUACACCAACAAUUGCAAUGCUUGGAAAAGGCAUCUUGAGGAGCUGGUCAGAGAAGAUCAUUGCACAGAAUUCAUCACAAAGAAAGCCAUCCAACAGAUCAAGGAUCGUGAUGCGGCUGCCAAGGAACCUCCCCAAAAGGUCAUUCGAAUCAACACCAUUCUAGCUGACUCCCAAGAGUCCGGGCUGACCACCAAGGAGCGCAAGAGGAAGAUCGAGCAGGUGACUUAUGUCUCCCAAGUCACAACAGGAGUACCAGUCAUCGUGGAUACACCUAUCAUUGGUUUCCAGAAGAAAGACUUGAUCAGGCUUGACCUGCCGCAUAAUGACGCCCUAGUCAUCUGCAUUCAGAUUGAACAAGCUGUGAUCGAGUGA